AUGCGAGAAAGAACAGCCACGUAUAAAGAGAAACUGAGUGACCCGGUCAUCUCCUCUCCUGAGCCCAGUCCAACAGCAAGUAAGUUCAUUUGUAUAGCUGUAAACUCUCAGAACGUAUUUUGUAUAGUCAACCAUCUACCUAUAUCUGUAUUUGAUUGUAUUUGGUUUCUUUGCUAUGGCUUGUGGCUGAUGCAAAUAUAGAUUUUAUCACUCUAAGUUCAUGGAAACAAAUUGCAGCCUCGCCAACACUUCCACCUGUCCUUUGCCUGGAAGGCACAGGUCUGAAUGGUUUUGCCUGUCACUUUCCCCUGGAAAACCUGCUCUUUAGCGCUAAAAUGGAACAAACAGCAAUCCGCAGAAAACUCAAUUGCCAUUUGUUCUGAUUCAGUGUUAAAGAUUGUGUUUCCCCGUGGGAAAGCAAUGGGGCAAAACGAAAGGUGGAUAAGCCCUGUACCACACCUACAUGUGCUUGAAUUAGUCUUGAAUGUAAUAAACUGGCACUGUCAUUCAAAUUGUUACACUGGUUUAUGCUUCCUAAGCUGUAUGGGUCUGCCCUAGACAGUGUGUGAACCAGGAAACCAAACAUUAAGUCCAGAAACCCAUGUUUUGAAGUCUACCCAGAGCUUGACACUUGCUCUGUUUUUGCAACUCCAGGAAGAAAUCAAAAACUGGAGAUUGCUGAGUGAGUAAAUUACACAACAUUUGGGGCAUAAACAUUAUCUUGCAAUUUUAUUUUUAAGAGAUACUGACAUUGACUGUAAUACAGUAAGCCACAGCAGGAUAUGCAUCUCACCUGAAAUCAAUUAACCACUGUAUUAAACAACUGUCAGAAGAAAUCUGUAUUUCUUACUAUGCACAAUAGACAGAAGGAAGUGUAUAGUUGGCACAUUCUGCACUUCAUUGAGAUUGCUGUCCGCUCUUAAGCUGAAUGCAAUAAACUGGACAAAUGCAUUGGGGUGAUUGAGAUAACAGCAGCUUAUCUAUUUCCUUAUGCUUGCCAAGAAAAGUAGAAAUCAGAGAGAUGAAAUAUCAAUAUUUCAGCUUUUUGGUCCUGCAACAGUACCCUUACACACGCUUUUCUUUUCUAGAUUUUGCCAGUAGCAGACCGUGUGGUGGGGCAACAGCAAGGUUAGCGCAGUGCAAAUGCGCCAGCAGGUGCACUAGAUGGUACUGCUGGUGCGCUUGCAUUGUGUGAAUCUCCCCGUUGUCUUUCCCCUCCCCCUCUGCCUCCUAGUAAGCAGCAGCCAUGCAUCAUGCUGCCUCACUGGAUUUCUGUCUCUCUUGCAUUCAGGCACACCUACAGCAGAAAUUAAGAUACCUUGUGUUUAUUAAGUUAAUAGAGCAGGAGGGAGUCCACCUUGCUGGCCUGGCCCCACCCCCAAUAUGAACAUCCCCACCAACUCCAUCUCUUGGACCUCUGCACAUUUGACAAAAGUCUUAAGGGGGACCCUAGACACCUACAAUUCACAUGAUGAAUUUAAUGCCCAAUUCAUUUGAUGCUUUUCCUGGGCAGGGAGGCAGUUCGGGGGCGGGGGGAGCUGUCUUAUUUUCAUCAACAUGUUUUGAAUCAGCACACAAUAGCCAAUCAUGUGAUUAGGUCUGGCAUACUCUUCACAUCCCGAUUAACAAUCAGAUGCUGAAAGUUUUGUAACUUUUUAUAUCCAGAGUUGGUCUUACCAUAAACAAACACAAAGCCAUUGAUUUGAAGAAUGAAUUCCAAAAGGAAUCCUACUUUCUAGCCUCAUGUCUUAUUCAAACUGGCAACCCUGUACAGAAUGCAGCGCUAUUUUUUUUUUCUAGGAAAAGAGGUGCCAGAACUCACCAUGAACGCUUCCCUUGUUCUCUAAUAAUGGCAAUGGCGCCCAUCUGAGAGGUGCCGGAAGUGAGUUCUGGUGAGUUCUGGCUGAAAAAAAGCUCUGACAAUAUAUAGUUAUCAUGCAUCUUGCUGAAAGGAAAUGAUUAAAAAAAUACAUUUAAGUACAUUUCAUCUUUCAUACCUAGGACUCAUUUCAUCAUGGUGUAGGGAGAUGUAUAGGGAAAGAUUAACACUAAUAACAAUAUUAGUUUUAAUCCUUACCCCCCAAACAUGUUUCUGAGGCAGAGUGGAUUUUGUUGACAGUUGUCCACAGAGUGCAUUUUCCUGCAGACCCUCCAAGUGUCCCUAUUUUCCAGGGAUGUCCCUGAUUUAGAUAAGUUGUUCCAGUUUCUGAUUUGAUCCCAGCAUGUCCCACUUUUCCUUAGGAUGUCCAUAUUUUCAUUGGUGAAAUAUUGGAGGGUGUGGAGUUAUCCGACUCCACACACCCACACCCCAAGCCAUCUGAAGGGAAGUUCUGAACAGUGGUACUUUGUGUUAUGCGUGGGAUCUGUUCCAGAGGCCGGUCCAUAACGUGAAAUGCCCACAACUCAAAGUGCUGUGUCUGUGCUGGCGCGCGGCUUGAUUUGGUGCUUCUGCACAUGUGUGAAGCGUGAUUUAGCAUUUCUGCGCAUGCGCAAGUGGCGAAACCCAGAAGUAACCGGUACUUCCGGGUUGCCACGGGACGUGACCCAAAAAGAUGCAACAUGAAGCAGACACAACACAACGUAUGACUAUAUAGGGAAGGGUUUUUUUAAUGUUUAAUGUCUUAUUAUAUUUUUAUAUAUGUUGGAAGCUGCCCAGAGUGACUGGGGAAACCUAGUAAGAUGUGUGGUGUAUAAACAGUAAAAUUAUCAUCAUGGAAUGGGACGUCCCUAUUUUCAUCGGAGAAAUGUUGGAGGGUUUUCUGGUGUAUAACUCUCUGUAGCUUCAGAUAUCUUUGUGCAUUUGAGAAACUUGUGUGCAAUGCUGCCUCUUUGGAAACUUCUCUAGCACCCAAAAAGACGGCGCCACCCCCUCCGCCAAAAGAAGAGAAAAAGGAGGAGAAAAAAGAGGAGAAAAAAGAAGAGGAGAAGAAACCAGAAGAAGCAAAACCAGAGGAGCAUUACUGUGAUAUGCUGUGCUGCAAAUUCAAGAGGCCGCCCAUGAAAGAAUACUUGAGGAAAAUGAAGCUACCAGAAAGUAUAGAUGCAUACACAGGUAAGCUGAAGGCCUUCUUACAGGAAAGAGGUGCUGGCAGCUGUAAAUACGAUAAAAUUACUGGUAGCUCAUACUAAUUAUAAAGGCCUCUGUUGACAUAUGUUAGGGUUGCCAUAUUUCAAGAAGUAAAAAAUCCUCUCACGGAAGUUGUUGAGCUUUUUUGAGGGGAAAUCACCUAAACGCAUGGGCAAAGAGUGACACUGAAACACACACUUCCUGGUUCUGUUGGCAAAAACCUGGACAUUUUCCCAGUUUUUCAAUAUUCACCCCAGCCUGGAAAUUUCACUUCAAUCCUAUGCAUGUUCGGCAAAUUCCAGAUGUAUGGUAACCCUGCAUAAGUACUACUGUUAUGUUACACAGACAAGUAGGUGGGUUGGCACUAGUCACUUAUUGUACUCACUGGUGAAAUUAAGAAUCUGCCUUGCCAAUACAGUCCAAAAGCCCAGCCCAGUUCAUCUCAAUUUUUUCAGCCUUGGACUCACCUUUAGCUAACCUGAAACUUGUGACCCUCUACUAAUUUGAGGACCGGCUACAAGAAACUGGCCUGUUCAGUCAAUGUUUGGUACACAGCUUAGCCAACACGUAAGAUGUGGUUGGGUUUUUGAGUUGUAAUUAAACAUGAUAUAUCCUUGGGCAUUUUAUUUAUAUAUUGAAGGCGAUGUAUUCUCAUAUAUACUCUUCCAAAAACAGGAAGAGUAAUUUUAAGGGUGCUUUGUUUUUUUCUAGAUCGUCGCUAUAUAGGAUGGCUGUUUUUGGUUACCGUUGCUUAUAACUGGAACUGCUGGUUCAUCCCACUGCGAUUGGUAUUCCCAUUUCAGACACCAAGCAACAUGAUAUACUGGAUUGUGAUAGACAUCUUAUGUGAUAUCUGCUAUGUCUGUGAUCUGCUGAUAUUUCAACCCCGAGUACAAUUCGUGAGAGGUGGAGAUAUAAUAGUAAGUAAAGGUGGGCAGGGAGGUAAGACACAGAAGAAUCACACAAUAAGUAGACCCCAUAGUGUAGCAGGUAAUGUUGGAUUUUGACCAGAGGGACCUAUGUUCAAGUCCCCAGUCAGCCAUGAGCAUGGGCCUCUCUAGUCUAAAUUAAUGUGACUAUUCCUAUAAUACCUGGCCAUAUGUCAUACUAGAUAUGACAGGUGAGUUAGCAACAAUGUCUGGAGGCCCAUGAGUUCCCCAUCUGUGCAGUAGAACACAUGAGUCUUUAAUAGUGUGCAUUUUUUUACAUAAAAAAGAUAUAUAUGUUGCAGCAGGUGAUUUUAAAAUCUAUAUGAUACAGAGUUUAAGAGCUACUUUUAAAAAUGCAAAUUUUCCUGCUUUCUUGAUGCACCAUUCUUUUCCAAUUUUUACUAUGGAAAAGUAGUUCAGCUAACUGAAUAGGGAGAUAUCUAGUUACCAUAAAGGUAUGUAUGAUGAGAAUUAAGGAAAAUAGAGGGAUUAACUUUUAUCCAUUUUGUAUGCCGAGGACAUGUUUUCCUUUGAUUUGAUUUAUUACAUUUCUAUGCCACUUUUCAUUCAACUGAAUCGCCAAGCGGCUUGCAAACAAUAAAUAACAUAAUAGGUAAAGGUAAAGGGACCCCUGACCAUUAGGUCCAGUCGUGAUCGACUCGGGAGUUGCGGCGACCAUCUCGCUUUAUUGGCCGAGGGAGCCAGCGUACAGCUUCCGGGUCAUGUGGCCAGCAUGACUAAGCUGCUUCUGGCGAACCAGAGCAGUGCACAGAAAUGCCAUUUACCUUCCCGCUGCAGUGGUACCUAUUUAUCUACUUGCACUUUGACAUGCUUUCGAACUGCUAGGUUGGCAGGAGCUGGGACCGAGCAACGGGAGCUCACCCUGUCAUGGGGAUUCGAACCGCCAACCUUCCAAUCAGCAAGCCCUAGGCUCUGUGGCUUAACCCACAGCACCACCCGCGUCCCUAAGUAACAUAAUAGAACAUCACAAAUACGACAUAAAUCAUAAUGAACAAUGAACAAAAUACAAUCAAUAAAACACUAUUAACAUAGCAACUAGAAAAAUAAGCUAAGCAGCACAAUUUCAACAAAAGGCAUAUUAUAGGUUUCACAAAGUACUACAGCAUUCAUAAUCUAUAAACCAAUAUUUAAAAAACAAACUAAGCACUGAAGAAUUCAUACACACACACACACUCUCCACCCCCAUGACUCAUAACCUUCCACUCUAUUCAGUUCCUUAAACGGCACAUAAACAUAAUGCCUGUAGGAAUGGAAGGUGGAGCAAGGCAGGUAGGGGGGAAAUCAUGGCCAGCACAAAGUUUUUGUCACCACUAAUAAGGAUAAAGAAACCUCCUUCACAUGAAGUACAGAAGAAUGUUCAGGGGUACAGUUCUGAUCAACAUCCCAUACCCUUUUAAAAUGUGGCUCUUUUGGGGGGGCAUUAUUGGGUAAUUGUUUUUAUUUUAAUUUUAUGUGAAACACACUGAGACCUAGGGCGGUAUAUAAAGUCAAUAAAUAAUAAGUAAUAAUCUCAAGGUAGGGUUGGGAAGAAAGCCUUUCUGAAACCCAGGAGUGCUGCUGCCAAUCAAUGUAGACCACAGUGGGUUAGAUAGGCCAAUAGUGUGACACAAUGUAGGGCAAUUUCCUAAGUGCAAACAAGGUCCACCUACCCACAGACCGUAAUUUAAAAAUAAACGUCUAAUAUUUCUUAAUAUAUGCACUGUUGACAGUUCUAAUGCUAAUGAGAGCACAUUCAUCCAGCUUCGUGUGUGUGUAUUUUACAGCCUAUGAACCCAAACCCAUAAUCCAACUGUUCUGAGAUUUUUAUUCUAACAAUAUCUCCCUCCAUCCUCCCUCUAUACCUUUAAAUAUUUUCAAAAAUGAUAUUUAAAGAGAGCCUGUAGAUUUUCCCCAUGCAGAAUCAUGAAAUUUUAAUCACCCCUAAAUAUUCCACAAAGGGUGUCCACCUAACUGCACAGGCUUCUUCUCAGUCUUGUUUCCUAAUGCAUACUGUUUGUUUGAAAGAAAUAACCAAGUGUUAAUCUACAUGUUUGCUUAGGUUUCCAGAUUUUCUAAGCCAUUUGCUCAUUCCCAAAUAAAGUUGCUAAAAAGAAAACUGUGCCUUGGAAAGAGGUUAUCGCCCUACAAACAUACAAAUCCCAAUCCAACUUAAUAUCCCAGGGUUUGGUGUCAGUGCGUAUGACCCCUUGCUCAAGCUCAGCAAAACAAGAUUGUGUCAGAGAUUGCUUGAGACUCCGAUAUAUGCUGCCUUGAGUUCCAGAGGCUAUACAUUAAAUUUUAAAAGUUAGCUGUAACUAAAUCCAAAAUCAAUUGAAUGAGUUGGCUGUGCCUAACUGAAGUCUCAUUGCUUUCAGUAAAGCUUAGUGACAACUCACAUUAGCUGGGUGACCAAGGAUAAGAAUUUGGAUGUAUGCAUGAAAACUUGCCUAAAACAAAGGUUUGUGCUUUGAGACCUCAGUCCACAAGUGCUAAUGGACUUCAGCUAAUCAUGUCUAAUUUAGUCAUAUGCUAUCCUGAAAUGGUUCUUUGUUUUUGUACUGAGCUUUACCUAACUGCAUGUUUUUCCUGUUUUUAAUUAUAGUCAGAUAAAGUAGAAAUGAAGAAAUACUACCGGAGCACGUUAAAAUUUCGGGUAAGUAAAUAAGGCACGCUUGCUAAGGGAACAAAACAGUUAUUCAAACUAUAUAUCCACUUGGACAUGACUGUCCUACAGCUUCCCUCUCCCCACCAAGGUAGUCUUCAAGGUGGAAAUCAGGCAGAAAAUCAGUAGUGAUGUACAUUUCAGAUGUUGGAACUGAAAUUGAAAUUGAUACCUGAUCAAAAACGUACGGUUCCAUCCCAUUAUAUAAUGGAUUCCAUCGCAACCUAUGGUUCUAUCCCAAAGGACCCUCACCCUUGCAUGAAAGAAAUAAGAGGUUUGCCUUUGAUGGAGCAUCAAAGAUUCAGCUCCUGAUUCUCCUAUUGCAGCCACCCUUGGAAAGGCAUAUUUGCUUAAUUGUUUGCCUACUUUAUGAUGGACAUGUUGGCAAUGUAUCGUAUUUGAGCAGCACUUGAAGUCCUUCCUACGUUACUGCAUUCAUUACAAGGGACUUAUCUUGUGAAUGAAAACUAUAAUGUGGAAAGAAGCCUCAAGAGAUUUGGUGUUGAGAAGGAAUCCUUUCUUAGCUCAGAUGAGCCAUGCUCAUCUUGAAAUCUGGAUUAGAUAUUUGAAACUCACAAUAUUUCAAGGCAAAAUUUGUCUGCUAAGGACCAAAGAAAUGUGAGGUGGACAAGAACACAAUAUGGUCUGCUACACUUGCCCUGAAAGGGGAUAUACUGACUUCACAGAAAACAUUUUGCUUGAUCUUUGUCAAUAUUUUAAUACCACUUAUUCGGCUUUUGACUACAUAUGCAGUUCUGAGCUUUUCUUGAAAUCUCCCAAAGAUGGACAUUUCAUUUUAGCACCUUGUUCAAUCUCUUGCCAAUAACCUAGAUGAUGAAUCCAGUCAGAAACUAGGGAUCCAUUGGCUAAAUCCAGCCUUACAAUACCAUCAUCUGGGCUCAGUUUAUUUAUAUACUGCAUGCAUUUUCUGGAGUGCUCAAAGUGGUUCAGAGAAAAUAAGAAGGUAACAACAAUUUUCUGCAUAUAGAAAAUGUGUUCCACGUACUAGAAAGAUAGAACCUGAGCAUUCCAUUACAGUUUUUAACUACAUGAUAAUUAAUUUAACAUUGUAACUGAAUUUUUUCUUCAACAGCUUGAUGUGUUUUCCGUAAUACCAUUUGACGUCUUGUACGUUGUGUUUGGAUUUAAUGCAAUAUUUAGAGCAAACAAGGUGCUGAAGGUAAGAUGAGAUUAUCUACUGUUACCCUCAGUCCAGGGACAGAAAUCCUACUUGUAAAUACAUACUGUUGCUCAUCCACAGUGGUCAGGGGAGAUUUCCGAAUAUACACGGCACAGGAUGGUAUCAAACUUCUUCCAGCUGCACAACACAAAUUGGUUAGCAAGAAAGAUUUGUGUGAGGGACUGAUGUGGAUGCCUACCUACUCAGUUCAGCUAUAAACACUGCAAAAUGGAUCCUUGUACUGUUGGUUUCUAUGAGGCUAAUGGUGGAUCCAUCCCUCCCUCAGAUUGUUGGUGAUGGUGCCAGUCUCUUGCUUGGGAAAUAAAGACGGGGAACACAACUCUCCCUGAUAUUGUGUAGAAUAUUGAUUGUUAGUCUGUGUACUGUUAUUUUACUAUUUUCUAUAGCUUUUAUAGUAUGAGCUACCCUGAGAAUAUUUAUAUCGAAGAGCAACAUAGAAAGCCAUCACCAUCGUUAUCUGAUGAAGGCAACAUAUACACAGUCGCACCUGAUUUCAGUUUUUUAGUUAAAGCAGCCCUCCCCAACCUCGUGUUCCCCUGAUAUUUUGGACUACAACUCCCAUCAGCUCUGAGCCAAGGUGACUAAUGGUCAGGAACGAUGGGACUUGUAGUCCCAAAUAUGUAGAAGGUACCAGGUUUGGAAGGCAGAGCUACAGGAACUGUGGGCUCACAGCAUCUGUUUGCAUGCAUAGUUCUUCAUACAAUUCCAGGUGUAUUUGUGGACUCCUCCAUCCAGUUACUCCAUGAAUUAAUCACAUUUUGUCCUGCUUUUCUUCCAAGAAGCUCAAGGCAGUAGCAUAUACGUCCCAUCUCACCACCACCACCACCAGAUAUUUUCUCCUUGCAGCAACCCAGCACCAUUGAUUAGGCUGGGAGAUAGUGAGCAGCUCAAGGUCACCUACUGAGCUUCACAGCUAAUGGGCUUUGAACCUGGAUUUCCUCUGCCCUAGUCUGAGCAUAACUGGAUGGAGUUAGUAGUUCACACAUUGAAGAUGCAAUCCUUGUGUGGGAGUAAGUCACACUGAGAAGAGUAGGACAAACUUCUGAACAAGCAUGCAUAAGAUUGCCCUGUACAUCUGUAAAAUGCAGAGUCACUAAAUUGUUACAAAAUGCUGUUUUUAAAAAGCCCAACCUUUGAGCAUGUGAAAAACUUGGAUGAAGGGCAAUUACUGUUUCCUUCCAUUUCUAGAAACACAUUCUUCUCUCUUUUUUCUGGCUCCCGUGUCAGUUUAUCUAAAUUAAUUUCAAAUUAAUGAUCUAAACAAGCCCACUUCAUUUGUAAAAUCUAGAAAGGUAAUUAUCCAGACUGCCACCUCUCUUUCAAAAAGCCAGCCAUAUAGAAGAAAGGAAAUAAUAAAUGGAGAGCACCAAAAGAAUGUACUCUAUCUAUGAGCAAGAAACUUCGGUUGACUAGGUAAAAUAUCACUGUCAUCAUAAUUCAUCAUGACCACUGAUCUGCUAAAUGGAAAAGUAUCCUCCAUAGCCAAGCUCCUGGAAAAAGUGAUAUUUAAAAUGUCAAGUUGUUUCUGCUUUUUGCUAGUUUAGCAGUAUGAGCAUUUUUAAACCAAAAUUUUUAAGAUUGCCAGAAACAGGCAGUUGUAUGUCGUAAAAUCCAUGUGAGAUUAUAUUGUUACCAUAUACAGUUGUGUUUCCUCUCUUGAUUUGCAUUCAGCAUCUCACGUUCUUUGAAUUCAAUGACCGACUGGAGGCGAUCAUGGAAAAAGCAUACAUUUACAGGUAUGUGCUAGAUAUGCUCCAGUAUCAGUGUUGGCAUAUUUGUAGGGUGUUGACAUAUUUCAGCAUUUCCAGUCUCUGCCAUUGGAUGGCACAGCUUUUUGGUACAGCCUCAGAUACUGUCUGUAAAAUGGGGACAUAAAAUGGGGGUAUUCCAUAGGCAUAUAACUCGCCAGAUUCCUGUGAGGGUGCUGGGGGCAGGCCUGUGUUGUUAACUGCUUGAAGCCUUAGAGGAAGGCUAGUAUCUAAAUGAACAGAAAAUGUUAAUGUCCAAGGCACAGGUUCCUGGCGUGAUGCAAUGGUGCCUGCAUUUGUGAGCAACAACUAGCAAACACCCUUUCAUGAACACAGUUGUACCUUUCUAUAAAUAUUUCUAGCUUAUUGAAUUAGCAAGCCGCAGGGUCCUAUGGGGAGCAUACUUUACCAGUGCCCCUGUACCUGUUAUUAAUGGCAGUGAUUCAUUUGGCAAUUGCAGAAGGGGAAGAGAGUUGAGCACCAGCUGAUUUUUCCACUCUGUCAAUACUGGCCAUAGUUGUAAGUCACAGCAGGUGUUAGUAUUGCUAUUGAUCAAAACCCAGGUCUCCAAAGGGAAAACAGGCACAGGAAUGUGUGUCCCACAGGAAUGACAUCAACUGUUGUUUAUGUUUUUUACAGGGUCGUUCGAACUACUGGGUACCUGUUGUUUAUCUUGCAUCUUAAUGCAUGCCUGUAUUACUGGGCUUCAGCCUACGAAGGACUCGGCAGCACUAAAUGGGUAUAUGAUGGCAAAGGAAACAUGUAAGUUCCUUUGCAUUGCAUGGUGUUUCCCCAGCCUGCCCACCUUCCCAUCUUGCUUGCAAGUAAAACCUUCAGAACUUGUGUGCCCUGCUAACUUUUUAGCAGCAUUGCUGCUGAUUGGAAAUAAUGAACAAUGCUAAUUAUAUGGACGGCAGGUGUAGUGAGUGAUUAGUUUACCGUUUGGGGUUUUUACGGGUUUAUGAGUCAGCUCUAAUCACUAACUUAAUUAAACAUUUAGAAAGCACAAGGGUCGUAAAUUAAACUUACCGAUUAGGUGUGAGAAGAAGAAGCAUUACAUACGUAAGAAAACAACUACUUGAAAAGUUCAAUGGAGUACAAUUAAAACACAUGCGAUUGCAACAGAACAUUUUGCUCCCUUAAGAGUCUUCACAGGGUCAUGUUCUGUCAUUUCCUUUCAUAUGGCAAAGGAUACAUGUAAACAUGUUGCAAAGAGAGAAACUCUCCAGUGGGAGCUGACACUGCGCAAUGCAGCUGGGGGAAGAGGUGCCAAGUCAAUAGCUAUUAAUUCAACAAAAGCAAAAUAUGGGACAAAGUCAGGAAGGCAACAGCAGGCAGUAUAUAUUAUAUGACAUGUAAUGCAUGCAGAAAUGUACUGAGUGCAGCUUUUGCAGACAUGAUGGCAAUGCAGUUAAUGUAGGAGGAAAAUAUGAAUCCAGGUGAUCCAGGUGGGGGGGCUAAAUGGCAAAAGAAUCGGCUGAGUAUCUAGAUUUAAAACGUGGGGCUAAACUCAGUCUCUGGCGUGUUAGGGACUGGCGGGGUUUGUUAGAGCUUGUGGUGGAGGCAGGGGUGAGGAGAGUGACCCAGGAGAGGGGUCAGUGAUUUAUGGGGUUUGGUGCCACCUACAAGGCAGGAGCCAGGGCAGGAGGAGGAUGGGGCAGGACACAGGACUCUAUUGUGUUCAAAGUACCUGAGAGUUAAAAUAAUCUGAUACAGAACAUCUUUGUCCCUCAGACAUAUCUGGUUCUAUAUUAUGCUUUGUGUUAGAUUAACUGAAAGUCAUCACUCCUGUUAGCAUGGGAUGCCAACCAUGGAGAGGCUCAUUUAAAUUUCCCAAUGAAACAGGAGGCUCACUAUUUGCAGCUAUUGGGUUCCUCAUUGAUCCUCUUGCCUGCCACUUGCUAUAAAAGGUAGAUCACCUGAUACGUUGUUCAAGUGUCUCGCACAGCAAGCAAGGAGUGGUGGCCAAAGGGACCAGGGAGACAAACAGGAGAAUCCAUGGCUCUUGAAUAUUCCACACAAUUGAGCUUUAAAGGUAUAGUGUCUGUCCCUGGGUUACAACUUGCCAAGUCUUCCACCAAGGGCUGAAAUGCUUUGUUGUUUAUACUGCAAAAUUACAUCAGUGUGUUAUUGCUAGGGACUGGCUGAUUAAAUAUCCUUACCAACCAUACUAGCACUCAGCAAUCCAUUCUAAGAAUGGUUGUAAAUGUGCAAGAACUCACACAUAUAUCCUAGCCCUUUGGUGUGCUGUCAGUGGUCUUCUACUGGCCUGUAAAUUGCAAAUUGCAAAUCGUAUUUGUCUGACUGUAACUUAGUAGGGUUAUAAUAACAAAGAUUAAUUGAUUAUACUGGGUUUGCUUGACCUGAAGCAACCUGUCCAGGAGCCUAGUAUAGGGACGGGUGACUCCGUCAAUUUUGGUUUAUAUCAGUUUCUCAUUGUUGCAGUUCUCUGCAUAUCAGUUGUCCACAUUUCCACAUCAAUUUGUGAUUUAAAAACAAAGCAAAAGCAAGGUAUGCAUGAAAAUUCAUCAGCAUUUUAGCACCAAUUUAUCCUCAUACAGACAUUUUUACGUGUAAUUUUCCUACUAUUGACAUUUUUGCAAAGCAAAAUCCAUUUUCGAAUGUUAUUUUCACUAAUAUAUGCAUUUGUAUGUACAUUUUAUCCUAUGCAUUUUUGUAUACAUUACCUUUUUGGAGUAACUGCACUGAAAAAAAUAGGAGAAGUAUAGCUUUUGACAGAUGGCUGUGCUUUGGUUCUUGUAUUGUUUUGGAAUGUGUGAAAUAGGUAGGUUUGCAUUUAAAUGUGAACUGAAUAAAAAAUUUCUCCCAUCCCUACUAGCAGACAACAGCCUUGUGGUUGUCACCCUAGCAACAAUGCAUUGAAACACCUGGCGUUGCCAGAUUGAAGUGUUACUGAGCAGACAGACCAAACACCACACAUUUUCUGACUGAUAAAAUGAGAGCCACGUAGCCAAUCUGCUGCUGUCUCGAGAAUGAACUUUUUAGAACGAGAAUUAUUUCCUUUGGAAUUCAAUAGAGUGAUCAAUAAUCUCCCCUGAUGUGUUCAGGAACAGCUUUAUAUGUCUGACACAUUUCAAGUGAGGAAAUCUGAAGAUAGGACCGCCAGAGGGUCCAACAUACUUUCCAUUAUUAUUGAGUCAUGAAAUGACAGGCAAUGUGCUCACUCGGCUUGUACAGAAAUAACCUUGCAGGUGUGCUGUAUAGCCUGAUUUCAAAAGACACUACAAUUGGGGGGGGGGGGGUAAAACAAGCACUGAUUUUACAUGACUCACUGUUUGCCCCCGGGGGCCGGAUCCAGCCCAAUCGCCUUCUAAAUCUAAAUUUUAUAUAAAAUGCAUCUCUGGGUUAUUUGUGGGGCAUAGGAAUUCAUUCAUUUUUUUCCCUCCAAAAUAUAGUCCAGCCCUCAACAAGGUCUGAGGGCCCAUUGCCCGCCCCGCCCCCGUUGGAAAAGUUUGCUGACCCCUGACUUAAAUGAAGCCAACACAACUAUGAAGACUGUGUCUCUACAGACACCACCUGUACUUAAUAAUGACAGUUUCCUGCUUGGCAGGGGGUUGGACUCGAUGGCCCUUGUGGUCUCUUCCAACUCUAUGAUUCUAUGAUUCUAUGAUUCUAUGACACGUUUAGUGGCACACACACACGCACACACACACACACCCCUUGUGGGGAACCUGUGGCCCUCUAGAAGUUGUUGAACUACAACUCCCAUCAUUCCUUAUCAUUGUCCAUGCUAGCUGCAAUGAAUAGGAGUUGGGAUUCAGCAACAUAAUGAUGAUGAUGAUGAUGAUGAUGAUGAUGAUGAUCGUGAUAAAUAAUUUAUUAUUUAUACCCCGCCCAUCUGGCUGGGUUUCCCCAGCCACUCUGGGCAGCUUCCAACAAAAUAUUAAAAUACAAUAGUCCAUCAAACAUUAAAAACUUCCCUAAACAGGGCUGCCUUCAGCUGUCUUCUAAAAGUCAGAUUUCCUUGACAUCUGAUGGGAGGGCGUUCCACAGAGCGGGUGCCACUACAGAGAAGGCACUCUGCCUGGUUCCCUGUAACUUCGCUUCUUGCAAUGAGGGAACCACCAGAAGGCCCUUGCCUCUAGACCUCAGUGUCCGGGCUGAACGAUGUGCGUGGAGACGUUCCUUCAGGCAUACUGGACCAAGGCCAUCUGGAAGACCACAGGAUUCCCAUCCUUGUUCUACAUAAAACCAUAAAGUAAUACUUUUUUUUAGUUCAUUAAUUAUCAGGACUAGUUGCAGUGAGGAGGUGGAGGGAGAGCAUUUUUCCUGAUUCUGAAAUUCAGAAUAAUACAGAAUAGUAUUUCUGCAUUGGAAACCUAUGUAGAAGAAUAAUGAUAUCAAAAAUUGUAUUCUAUCUACAGGUAUCUAAGAUGUUACUACUGGGCAGUUCGCACUUUAAUCACUAUCGGUGGGCUUCCAGAACCAGUAACCAUGUUUGAAAUCAUCUUUCAACUUCUGAAUUUCUUCUCAGGGGUCUUCGUAUUUUCCAGCUUGAUUGGUCAGGUAAGCAAAGGCAUUAAUGGUUAAACUGACCCUUAAGUUUAAGAUGUUUCCAGCGAUCUGUGUAGUUAACAUUUAGUCUUUACAUCAAAAUAUGAGUUUUUACUAGAGAGAGACAGGUACAAAGCUGUCUAGAUAUUCACCUGUAUAGAUCUCCCCCUCAGUGAUGUCUGUUGAAUAGAUAAACUUCUAGAACCAUAAAUAGCAAAAUUCUAUGGUCUGCUCUGAAUGUUGAUGUUCAAAUAUAAUAAAAUAAGAUACUCAGGGAAUUGUUAUGAGGUUCCCAUAUAUAGAGUCAAAUGGGACCAUUGAUCCAUCUAGCCCAGGACUGAUGCCCACUAGAAAUUGUUCUAGUGGGCAUCAGUCAAGCAGGUAUGGCGCACUGGAAUGUGUGUUGGGCUAGGACCUGGCUCAGCCAUGAAACUCACUGACUGGCCUUGGGCUAGUCAUGGUCUGUUAGUCAAACCUACCUCACUGUUGUUGUGAGGAUGAAAUGUGGAGGAAGAGAACCAUGUACAUACUCCCUGGCAUGGAAAGAUAUUGCAUCAUUGGCUCCUCUGUAUAACCUGGAACUUCUGACAUUGCUGAAGCAAAGGUGGAAAGUAUGUGCACCGGAAGCUCCCAGAUCAUCUCAGAACACACCAUCCAACAUGCCCUUUUGGCCUGCACUCUUUAUAAAGACUUGAGGAAUGAGGUUAUCAUCCCUCUUUUAUUGUCCAUUCUGGGUCACCCAGCCCCUGCCACAAGUGUCCUUUCUCUUGGCAGAUCAAGAUGAGCAGGAGACAGCAAAGGUUGCAAGGCUUUUAGCUGGGGCAAUUAGAAUAAGAUCCACUAUUUGACUAUUGAUUCAAAACCUAAAAUGUAUUUUAUACAAUUCACUUUUUUAUUUUUUGUAUAUCAUAUUGUUGUUUUAUUGCUAAGACCGAUGGCUGACACAAAUAAAGAUUCAUUCAUUCACCAUCCAACACACAUUCUCUGGUGGUCUUCCAUAUAGGUAUACCAGAGAGACAAUCCUGUUUAACUUCCAGAAAACACUGAUGCUCUGUAAUGUGACCAAACCAUUUAGAAAGGGUUGACACCAUUCUUCUCAUAGUAAUAUCUGAUAUGAGUUUCAUGCUGCCAAAAGAAAUGAAAAUGUAUUGUUGAAGAUGGUUUUGAUGCUGUUAUUGACUUAGAUGACCCAUAACAAAUUUAUGAAACUCUUGAUUUCCUCAUUGUCCUCACCUUUCCUGCUUAUUAUCUUAUUGGGGGCCAAAAUUGUCUUGGCCUUUUGGAAUCAUGUUAUUUUAAAAUCAACAUUUUAGAAAAUCACUCCCACCCAGCUCCCAGUCUCUUUAUUGGGGAAAAGGGAAGUAAAUAUUAUCCUGGAGUAAUAAUAAAAAAAAAACAGGCCUGGUUUGUCCUCUACAAAGGCUAAUUUGUUGUUUAUCAAAUGGAUCUUUCUACAAAUUAGCUUAGUUGCUGAGUUGAUUGCUAUUGGGAGUCAGGAAACAGCUUGUCAGCAUUUCGAACAGUGCACGAACUCCAUUUGCAAUGUAUAUAUGUCUACUCUGAAGUAAAUCCCAUAGAAUUCAGGUAAGUGGAAAUGGGCUUACAGUUUUAGACUGUGUUAAUAUCACUGCCAAUUUCACUCUGCGCUUGGCAGCUAGUCUUAUGUGUCACGACGGACUGCAAACACACAGGUAUGAUUCUGGAGGCACUUGUUUAUUUGGAGAGCUUACUAACUGGUCUUGUGUAAUCAGGCGAAUACAAUUUCAGCCCAGUCCUCCUGUGCUUCUUUAUAGUAGUAUCAUUCCAGAAUAAAUUCAAUGAUUCUUAGGUGUCCAGAGGCUGACAGGAGAAUGCAGGUCAUCCACAGGUCAGGAAAAGGACAUGAGACAUGAAAUGCAGUUAGCUUUUAUUCACAAAAGUGAAAACACAUCUGGGCUAGUAUCCCCUAGUUGAAGACAUUGCUGGAAAGUGGCGUCUGGCCCCUCCUUCCCUCUCUAGUCCCCUUAGUCUUGACUCCUCCCAAACAUCUGUAGACCGCAGCAACAGGGAGUUUCCUCUCUGGGCCUGUCUGGCCUAUUGUUCAGUGGUGUGCAGGACUCUUCGUGUUCUGGGUGUCAGUGGAGGAGGAGAGCCAGUAGGAAGAGGACUAUCCGGAUGCUGAGCUUCUGCCUCUUCUCUAUCAGAGUCUGUGCUCACACUGAGAUUCUUGGCACCCGGUCCUGUCCUGGAUUGGCUUCCUUCUUCUGUCCCCCCAUGUUCACUCAAACCUAGCACCUCUCAGCUCGUCCCUUCCGCAGACUGAACCCCUGUGUCCCUGUUAGGAUAUUUCCGUUCCACCUUAAAAGGGAGCAGGCUUUGUGAGUCAGAGUCUGCGUAUUUCCUGUUCACAGGAUGUUUAUGUUUGCUACUGCUUUCGUUUCUCUCUCUGUGUCGCAGACACUAAAGCAGGCAGUCAUGUUUUUCUGUGUUCUGAUCAACGCUGAAUAAACUUGUAAAUAAUGCUCUCCUGAGUGCAACUUUUGGCUGUGCAUUAUCUGCUGAUAGAGCGUGCAUGAGCUCUGGAAUGUGGCAAGAUAUUUUCUAGAAACUCAUGUCGCUGCGUGCCUACGGGAGGUCGAUGGAUCGUCCGGCAGACGGCUUGGGGGCCUUGAUGGACUUUAUCUCCCUGGCAGUAUCCCAACAGUCCCACCACCACUGUUCUGGGUCUAAGUCUUCUUCCUCUGUGUUGUCCCUGAGGGGCUCUUUGGGCUGGUGGCACCCACCACUCUUCCUCAUCCAGCCAGUCCUUGACAUCAGGGUGCUUCUAGUCUGUUAUACUUUUUCUCAUAAAAAUAUUUAGUUUAGAUGUUGGCAUAUGCCCUUUUCACAACAGAGUGCACACUCAUAAUCCACCACAGAGGAAGACUGCAAAAAAAAAUUAAUAAUAAUGACUAAAUAGUGGUCUUGGGCAACAAAUCAAACACUUAUUUACAAAACUGGGCUUUUUGGGUAAGAAAAGUGAUGAACAACUGCAUAGUGUAAGUAUAUAAAAUUGUGCAUCCUUACUUACCACUAUCACAUCAACAAAGCAGCUCAUGACAUAUUGAAAGGUCAAUAACAUUAACAGCCAACCUCAGCCAACAAAUAAAAACAAAACAAUAUACCGUAUUUUUUGCUCUGUAAGACACAUCAGACCACAAGACGCACCUAGUUUUUGGAGGAGGAAAACAAGAAAUAAAAUAUUCUGAAUUUCAGAAGCCAGAAGAGCAAAAGGGAUCGCUGCGCAGUGAAAGCAGCAAUCCCUCUUGCUGUUCCGUCUUCUGGGAUAGCUGCGCCCCACAUUCGACCCAUAAGACGCACACACAUUUCCCCUUACUCUUUAGGAGGGAAAAAGUGAGUCUUAUAGAGCAAAAAAUAUGGUAAAUGCAGGAGAUGUCAUCUAAAAGUGACUAAAAUGUCAACAGAUUGUUAUAAUAGCCUUCUAACAAUACUGGUUGAUAUUUGCAGAUGCGAGAUGUCAUUGGCGCAGCAACAGCAGGACAGAACUACUACCGUGCCUGUAUGGAUAACACUGUAUCUUACAUGAACGUCAACACAAUUCCAAGAAUUGUUCAGAAUCGUGUUCGAACUUGGUAUGAGUAUACGUGGGAUUCGCAAGGAAUGCUGGGUAAAAUUCAGAAUAAUUCAAAAGACACUUGCAGCCCACCCUCCCCACUUUCCUUGGGAAUAUCAAUAUAAUUUAGUUUCUUUGACAAUGAACUGGGAAUCAGCAGUGGUUAUUAACUACUGUACUUGAUUUCAUCAAAUAAUUUUGUGCUUUAUAAAAAUAUAUUCUUUUAAUAAAUCCAUAUCUUAAAUUGAAACUGAUCAGAAAGGCUGCCUAAAUUUGAAUAAUACUUUUGCAAACUUUUAUCAAGUAUUCCUGACAGCCCUUCCCUUCUAAUCAUUUUAGUUUUGUAGUUGUUUUUGGUCGGUAGAGAUCCAAUGUAGCACAAUUUUUGUUUUUUUAAAAAAAGUUUCUCCCCCUCACCUGUUCUGUAAUCUUGCCUUGCAGAUGAAUCUGAAUUACUGGAGCAGAUGCCAGGGAAGAUGCAGCUAGCCAUUGCAAUCGAUGUGAACUUUGCCAUUGUCAGUAAAGUUGACUUGUUCAAAGUAAGUGGCUUUUCAUGUAAUCUAACAUCCAGGAUUGGAAAGGUGUUUGCUUGCUUGCAGUAAUCCGGAUUGCCAAACAAACAAGCAAAACUAUUCCAGUAAGCAAUUUUUUUAAAAAAUAACUUUUUAUUCAAAAUUAAAACAAAACAUAUUAUCCAGAAACAUAUCAUCCUUAUUUUCCCCCCAUUUUUCCUCCCUCCCCCACCCCCAACUUCCCUCUGUUCCAGUCUUUGAUUUCUCUAGAAAUGCUGUUUUCUGCAUGUUACAUAGUUGUAUAGAUCCUCAAACUAUUUAGCUGAUUAUGAUCAAUAAAAAGUUUGUGAAUGUUUAUUCAAAACCAGCCAAGGAGUCCAGUUCACUUUGUUGUGUCUUCAAAUACUUUGUAAAGGGUUCCCCAUUCAUCUUUAAAGUCACAGUUAUCCUUGUCCCGUAGCUUGUAUGCCAGUUUUGCCAGUUCUGCAUAAUCCAUCAAUUUUUCUUCCCAUGAUUCUUUAGUUGGGGUUUCUUCAGUCUUCCAUCCUUGUACUAUUCAAACUCUCACAGCCGUUGUCGCAUACAUGAAGAUGUUUUUCAGCUUUUUUGGCAGAUCUUUCCCUACAAUCCCUAAUAAAAAUGCUUCAGGUUUUUUAACAAAUGUUAAAUGGAACAUUUUCUUCAAUUCGUUGUAUAUCAUUUCCCAAAUUUUUUUAAUUACCUUACAAUUCCAGUAGUAAGCAAUUUUUAAUUUAAGUGCAACAGAUAAAAGCAAAGCUACACAGUUGCUUUAAUGCUGAUGAUCCCCAACUAGGACCAAGUAUGGUAUGUCAGGAGCCAUCCUACUCUCGAGUAGGACCCUGGCAGAGACACAUGCCCAACUGGCAUGUUCUCUCCCUCCUGGUCGUUCACUCAGGAGCUUCAAAAGCUUUCUUCUGCCCAAACAUCACAGCGACCGAUGCCAACAGACAUUGGCACACUCAGGGAUCCGCAGAGUCUCCACAGUUUGCGUAACAGAACUCAGUAGCUCAGCAUUUGGCUAAUCUACGUUUAUUUACGGUACAUAUAAAACACUCGGAGCAUUCCGACUCUUUCUCAUCAGACAGCAAAGAGAAAGAACAAAGGACAAUAGUCCCACUUCACGGAACACAUUAACACAAACUUCCUGUCUCCGUCACUUCCCACUCUGUGGAAUGAAAUCAUACACCGUCAUGUGAUAGACAACAAUCCCAUGACUGCAAGCAUGGGAAAUGAAUCUUCAACAUGGUGGCCCUGUGAAGGCAGAAGCACACGGGAAAGAGGUUCAUGUAGUUACUAGUGGCUCACAGUGGGACUGAACCAGCCACCAGGAGCCACACAGGUUCAUAAGCUUUGACAAAGCCAUGAAGGAUGCUUAUACAAGUUGCUGGCUUAAAGGAGACAAUUACCCAAUGCUUCCAAUUUUACAGCAAGAAUUCUGGGUCAUUGCUGCAUCCUAGCCAUCCCAGUCUUUGUUCCCAAGAGUGGCACAGCCAGACUGCUGUUGCUGUGUGAUUACUGGGGUUGCACUUACAGUCACUUACAGAUUCACAAGGAUGGCUUCAGAGUCUAAACCUAAAUGGUUGGAGCAAGGGUCAUUGCAUUGCAUUGCAUUGCAUUGCAUUGCAUUGCAUUAUUAUAUUUUUAUUUAUACCCUGUCUUUCCCCCGAUGGGAUUCAAGGCAGCUUACAGAUAAAAACAAGAAUCACUAAAAAUGUAGGAAAAAACCAAUAAUUAAAAAAACAUUUAUCACAUGGAGUCAUGAAUGGUUGGUGUAACAAACUUUGGGGCCACAAUCCCCAAACUUUUAAUUGCACAAGAAUUCUUUGUUGGAACUAAAUCAUUAAACGUGUGAGCAUAUGCAUGCUGCCUGCAACCUAGCUAAUCUUAGAAUGAACUUCUAUGAUCCACAAGUAAAGAUUAGAUUUAAUCUUCUUUUUCUUCUUUUGUAUUUUGACCUUCUGCCAGUUCUGUGUAACAUUACAUGUAUGCAUUUCAUACAUACUGAUUCAUACAAUUCUGAUUCUGAUUAUUCUCGCCCGCCCGCCCCCUCUUUUUUUUAACAGGGAUGUGAUAACCAAAUGAUCUGUGACAUGCUGCUGAGACUGAAAUCCAUUGUGUAUUUACCUGGUGACUUUGUCUGCAAAAAGGUGAUCUUGACAACUUAUAUUACAAAUGCAAGAAUAAUGAGAGCAUUAGAAAAAGGAGUUCAGCUAUGGGUCAAGAAUAAAAUUUGAACAAAAUUAAUCUUGGGCAAAUUACAUUGCGGGAAAACUAAUUAGAGUGCAAUUUGCAAUAAUAAUAAUGUACUCUCAAAUUUCAAACUUGGCCCAGACAAUAUGGAUUUUAUUACUUAUAUAUAUGUGUGCGGGUUUGUGUGUUUUUUUUAAAUAGAGUAAGAGCAACUGGAAUUUAAAUAUGAGUUAUCUAUUGGCAUACAUUAUUAGACUUCAUUAUUUAACUGAAAUGUUGCAGACACAAAACUAGAUAUAAGUGUAAAGAGAGAUGCCUGAGACUGAGCUGUAAAAUUCUGUGAUUUGCCAUCUGAAAAACAAAUCUGAGACACAUACAUUUAAAUGUUCUGCGCUUUGCCAAUAAUGAUCAGUCUCGAUAUAGCAAUGCUUGCUGUAAUGACUAGACGAUAAAGUACAGCAGUUUUCUAAGUGUGGGCCAAACUAAUGCUGUGUCUUUUGGGGAGAACCCAGAAAUCAGGAUUAGGACUUCAGCAUAAGCCUAAGACUUCAGCUUAGCCUUUUCCUCCUGCACGAAGGUGCUGAUGAAAAUUCCACUCCCCUGCCACAUCUGGAAGAUGUUGUCUGGCAUUUAAAUGAAGCUUCCACUGGUAGCUACAGGAGCUUCCAUCCUGGAACAAAUGGCAACUUUUGCGAGAAUAACUUUUUUUCAAGAUCACAGCAUGGUGGGAAAGGGUUAAAGCCCCCCCAUACUGCAUUCUCAGUCUUGAUUGCCUCCCUGAUCUCUCUCUCACACACAUACCGUAGCUACUAUUUAAAGGAAAUAAAUCAAGCACGUUAAAUUCUUACAUGCAUUUAAUGUCACAUAUACUUUGGCCCUGAAGUUGACAAGCGAUUUAAAUCUUUACCUAUGUAUGGCUGAGGUUUUGUUCAAAUCCAGAUCUAUUAUUUACAAAAAUAAUGCUCAAAACACUGGACCACACUGACUAUAUAAAUGAUGGAUACACCCCAGUUUUAUGCUACCUUUUCUUUUAUAGUAUACUAGAUUACAUUGAUUGGAGUACAUAUAUCAUAAGCGCAGACAUUUCAGUCCUGUUUGUCCAGGUAUAAUUGGCUUCAUUUGGAUGCUAAUCAGCUCACAAAUGAGCUGGUAAAUAUGCAAGAAACAGCAGAUGCUUUGGUUGGUUGAUUAUUCUUGAUUUCCUCUUUGAAAUUAUGCAAAUGAUCAUUAGGAAAAAUAAUUAAAAUGCUGAUUUGCUUUGGAAUGUGCAGUGUUUCAUUUGUUUGGGCUGCUGUUGCUAUGCUUGUCUUGGAGAAUGGGAGAGGCAAGGUGAGAUAGAGAGAGAUACUUUUAACUAGAGUCACAUCUAUGGAUAGUUUUUUCAACUCUGUGAAGGUUAAAAUCAUUCCAUAUCCAUGGACCGACCCAAGGCAUUUUGCUACCUGAGUCAAAGGACGAGGAGGAAUUUCCCCCUCUCAGUUCCAUGUCCAGACGAUAUGUCAGUCACGAGGGAAACAGACAUGCGUCACUAGGGAGGGCCUUCCACAAAGAGGGGACACCACUGAGAAGGCCCUGUCACAGGUCAGAGUCAACCAGGCAGCCCCCUGUGGCAGCACCGUGAUGCCACCGGCCAAUCACAGGGUCUGAAGUGGCUGAUACUGGGGAAUUCAUUCUUUUAGGCACUUAGGGCUUUGUAUGAUAGUACUAACCUUAAUUGGCAGCCAGUGCAGUGCUUUCAGGACUUCCGGUCUCAUUGGGUUGCCCCACUUAUCAGUCUAGCAGCUGCCUUCUACACUAGCUGUAACCUCCAAGCCGUCUUCUAGGUCAUUUCCCCCCAUUGUAGGAGGCCACCAGAGAGCAUGGGCAACCGAGGCCAGGCUAUCCUGGUCCAGAGAUACCCAUAGCUGGUGAAUCAGCCUAAGCUGGGCAUAAGCACACCUAGCCACCAAAGCUACAUGAGAUUCUGGUGACACAUAGGAGCCCAAACAGUGAACUUGUUCCUUCAUGAGUAGUACAAGCCUACCUAGAAUAGUAUCUCUCUCUCAGCCUAAUGAUCUGUGACAUGCUGGCAAAGUCACUGGGAGGAUAAAAUGGAGCAACCCCCAUCUUGGCCACCCUGACCUCCUUGGGGGGAGGAGGAGAUACCUAAUUAUUCAUCAUUACUGUAUCUACAAUGGGAAAACCUUUCAAAACAGGGCAUAGUGAUUUUACUGCACAGUUGAAGAAGCUGCUUCAUCAUGCCAGUGUUUCAAAGCGGAGAUUCAGUUUGUGGCAAGUUCACCAGCUGCAGAAAUAAGUCAUGACUCUUUAAAGGAUAUUCUUUCUGCAAUUGCGUGUCAUUAUCACCACUGAGCUAUCAUGGACUGAGAAUAUUUUCUUCUGCGUGUUUAUACCUAGGGAGAAAUUGGUAGAGAAAUGUACAUCAUCAAACAAGGAGAGGUUCAAGUACUUGGAGGUCCUGAUGGCACCAAGGUCCUGGUGACCUUGAGAGCAGGAGCUGUAUUUGGAGAGAUCAGGUAAUGUUUGUCUAUUAAAUCUGUAUACCACCCUUCGUCUGUAGAUCUCAGGGCGGUUCACCACAUAUAAAAAAUAAUAAUAAAAUAAUAAUAAAAACAAGUACAAAAAAGAAAACACCACAAACGAAUAAACUCCCCUCCCCCAAGCACAUUUGAAAGGCCUGGUUGAAGAGGAACAUUUUUGCCUUUGCUGUUCCAUAAAGGUAAAGGUAAAGGGACCCCUGACCAUCAGGUUCAGUCGUGACCGACUCUGGGGUUGUGGCGCUCAUCUCGCUUUAUUGGCCGAGGGAGCCGGUGUACAGCUUCUGGGUCAUGUGGCCAGCAUGACUAAGCCGCUUCUGGAGAACCAGAGCAGCGCCCGGAAACGCCGUUUACCUUCCCGCCAGAGUGGUACCUAUUUAUCUACUUGCACUUUGACGUGCUUUCAAAUUGCUAGGUUGGCAGGAGCAGGGACCAAGCAACGGGAGCUCCAUAUGCUGUUCCAUAGGGUUGACCAAAUGUAUAUCACCACAAUAAAUUAUCCUAAUAAUGUCUCUUCUAUUAAACUACUCUGUAGAGCCAGUGUGGUCUAGUAGUCAGUGUUGGACCAAGACCUCAGAGACCAGGAUUCAAAUCCCCACUCAGUCCUGAACCUCACUGGGUGACCUCAAGCCAGUCACUUGCUCUCAGCCCAACCUACCUCACAGGGUUGUAGUGAGGAUAAAAUGGGGAGGAAGAGAAACCAUGUGUGUGCACUGUGAGCACCGUGGAGGAAAGGUGGGGUGUGAAUGCAAUAAGUACAUAAAAUAAUGAGAUACCCAUGUGUCAUCACAAAUUGUUAUUAGACAGAAGGAGCACCAAUGUGUGUUUGAGAAAGUGUCUCCAUAAUCAGGACCGGCAGGUCAUAGCUGGCUUCCCAUGGUAAGCAAGAAGGUUGCCGGGGUGGUUGUCUCUCUAAUUUGGGGUUAUGCCAUGCCACCUCCAUGGUGGUCAUUUUGCGACAGACACCGCCACCACUCUCUCAAAAUUCAAAAUAUGCCCAUUAGUCCAAAAAAGGUUGGCUGAGAGAUUUGAACCCUCUGUCUCUGGAAAAGUUUAGAUCUGCUGCCUGUGAGCUGCCUCUUUGCAUAUUUGCAUUUUGUUAAAUUGCAGUUGGCACAUUUUCACUGCCACGAGGGGUGCUGUAAGCAGUGGAUAAAUUUAAACCUGGCCCGCUGCUGUUUUCCAAAAGCAGUUUAGAGCUGUCUGCAGAAGAUUAACAAUAGCAGGAUGGCCGCUGAAACAGAACUAGACUCCACUUUUAUCGCAUGCAGUAGAAUUGAGUUCAGCCACCUGAAAACACUGUUAAAUAUUGUACUUAUAUAUGGAGAUAAGCCCUAUAAAGGGGUUCUGCUUCUAUGUUUGUCUGCUACACUAGCUACAGCCAUUCCUGGACAGGGAUAGCCUGCCCACUGUAGUCUAUGCAUCAGUAAACUCAAAGCUAGGCUACUGCAAUGUGCUCUAUUUGGGGCUGCCCUUGGGCUUGGCUUGGAAGCUCCAGGUAGUUUCGGAUUGUAAUGGCCAGACUGCUGGUGGGGGCAUCGGGCUGAGAGCAUGCGACGGCAUUGUUGAAACAUCUGCACAUUGUUGAAACAUCUGCACCCAGUUCAAGGUUCUUGUAUGAAUCUGCAAAGCCCUGAACAAUGUAGGUCCAAGGGUACCUUAAAGGUAAAGGAAAAGGGACCCCUGACCAUUAGGUCCAGUCGUGACCGACUCUGGGGUUGCGGCGCUCAUCUCGCUUUACUGGCCGAGGGAGCCAGCAUACAGCUUCCGGGUCAUGUGGCCAGCAUGACUAAGCCGCUUCUGGUGAACCAGAGCAGCACACGGAAACACCAUUUACCUUCCCGCCAGAGCAGUACCUAUUUAUCUACUUGCACUUUGACGUGCUUUCAAACUGCUAGGUUGGCAGGAGCAGGGACCGAGCAACGGAAGCUCACCCCGUCACAGGGAUUCGAACUGCCGACCUUCUGAUCAGCAAGUUCUAGGCUCGGUGGUUUAACCCACAGCGCCACCCACGUUCCAAGGGUACCUUAGGGACCACCAAAAUCCUUCCUAUCCUAGCUCAAUCCCCAAGAUCAUCUCCAGGAGUUAGCGAGGCAAGGCUCAUUUGACAGAAGCACGAAACAGAGUCUUUUGUGUGAGCAGCACAGUCUGGUGGAAUGUUCUGUCAAUACUCAGCAGGUACCUUCUGUUUCAACAUUUAAAUGCCUGCUGAAAACUUUUCUAUGCCAUUAGCAUUAUGCAGGCAAUGAAGAAAAUACUUUCCAUAACAGUUAGCUGAUGGUCUCUGAUAAUAUAUAUAUAUAUAACAGUAAGCUGCUUUGAUAUUAUUAACGAUAUAGUGGUAAAUAUUUUUUAUAAAUGUUCUCUCUGUUGUUUCAGCCUAUUAGCUGCAAGCGGGGGAAAUCGGCGGACUGCAAAUGUGGUGGCGCAUGGAUUUGCCAACCUCUUCAUUCUUGACAAGAAGACCCUCAAUGAAAUCUUGGUGCACUACCCUGACUCUGAAAAGCUCCUGAGGAAGAAGGGAAAGUAAGUCUUUACACAAAUCUAUAGACCAUUUGCCUUAAAAUGCAGAACUGGCAUCUCUUUCCCUCUGUUUGUGUAGAAGAGCAUUUACUUCUUAGACAUGUGGUUCUUGCUGGACAUGGCUGCAAAUGUUGGAGGAAGGAUAACUUGGGGCUAAUAAUGCCAGAAGAUCAGGGACAUUGCAAGUUAUUUAAAAGACCCAGCGGACAGGCCCACAACACAAAUUUCCCCAAACAUAUGUAGCACUUAUGGACAAACUAAAGGCGGCAGGUGUUUAAAGGUAAAGGAACCCCCGACUGUUAGGUCCAGUCGCGAAUGAUGCUGGGGUUGCGGCGCUCAUCUCGCUUUACUGGCCAAGGGAGCCAGCGUACAACUUCCGGGUCAUGUGGCCAGCAUGACUAAGCCACUUCUGGUGAACCAGAGCAGCGCACAGAAAUGCCAUUUACCUAGUUAUCUACUUGCACUUUGACGUGCUUUAGAACUGCUAGGUUGGCAGGAGCAGGGACAAAGCAAUGGGAGCUCACCGUUGCGGGGAUUCGAACCGCUGACCUUCUGAUGAGCAAGCCCUGGUGUCUGAGGUUUAGGUAUCACUAAUAAUGUACUCUGCACCAUGUGCAAGAAAAAACCAAAUAUUUUAAAAAUAAUAGAAGGGGUGAAUGGCAGGAGAUCUCCGGGUCAUCUUUUAACAAUGCAUCUGCAGAAGCUACAGACCCAAACAAGCGAAAGCCAACAGAGUUGUUAUUGUGUGUCAAUAGUCUAUUGUGAUUUUUUUUUUAAUUUCAUGUAAUUCCAUUACUUGGAUGACCAUGUUUCUGAUGUAAAAGGAAUGUGUUAUUUUAAAAUGCAGCUUUACAAUCAGGAGAGAUUACACUACUGUUAUAAGAUUUUUCUGCUAUUGACCUCUUGAGAAUACCUUAAGUGUUUAUCUUUCAAAAGUUACCAUAAUCCUUUUUGAGUUCUAGCCUUCAGUAAGAAAUGCAUACAAAUUCUCAAAAGAAUAUUUGCCCAUGCAGUUUCAUUGGAGAUCAUGGGUAGCCAGCCAGUGACUAUUCAUCGUAAUGAUUGUAUACAAUCACCAAGUUUAAAAGUUGUAUGCUUUGAGUACCAGCUCAUGAGGAGCAACAAGAAGAGACAACUGUUGCCUUCAUGUACUUGCUUGUUGGCUACCUAGAAACAUUUGUUUCGCUACUAUGAGAAAUAGGAUGCUAGAUUAAAUAGAGUCUAACCAAACUGCGAGAGGCAGUGGAAGACAGAAGUGUCUGGCAUGCUCUGGUCCAUGGGAUCACAAAGAGUCGGACAUGACUAAAUGACUAAACAACAACAACCCUAAAAACCAUGAUCCAGCAGGGCUUUUAAUGUUCAUAUGCCUGCUGGUGGCUAGGAUACUCACUCUUACCUAUUUUUUGCCCUUGCCCAGGAGGCAAUUACAGAUCAGACCUAAUUAGGAGUCUGCAUUAAUUUUUUUCAUGUAUCUUGCCGAUAUAAAAUAAAUCAGUUCAGCUUUUCCAUAUUAUUUCCAGAGUGGACUAAUCCGUUUCUGCAAGGAAUCGCUGGAUUUCCUUGAAUUUUUAAGCAGCCACCAGUAUGCAGAUUGGCGUGAGAUGGCUGUUGCUGAAACUUAAAAGGAAGUCCCCCUGGUGCACGGGUCUGUGCUUUUAUAUGUUGCAGCUCGAUUGCCUUGGGUGGCAAGGCAAAUCGGUACACAAACAAGGCAGAAUUAUUGAAUUCCUAAUGGAACAUGGGAGGAGGUGGGUGGGAGGAGAGAACUGUAUUCAAAGCCCUGAGCGCUUUGAAGGAAACAAAUGAAAUACAAAUAAUGGAACUGGAAGCUGGAGGUCAGGUGUCGCACAAGGCUUCCCUCUCCAAUAAAAGCUGAUGGACGAACUGUGUGUCUUUUGCUGCCUGGCUGGGAAUCCAGGAUCAGGAAUAUUACAGGGACUGCAAAACUACUAAAUAGAGAGGUGGCUGUUCAAAUACUAUUUCACAUGCUUUCUCUCUCUCCCUCCCCCCCCCCACUUUUCCUAUGAUCUAGAGUGCUCAUAAAGAAGGCAGGCAAGCCUGUGGGAGGACCAGCAGCACCUGCCAAAGGCUUGACCCUGUUAACACAGAAAGUAGAACCACCCAAGAUGUUCCAAGCGCUGCUGGGUGGAAAAGGUGGUGGCAUGGCGGCUGUUAUCCAGCUGAAGAGACAGAUGGAGGAACAGGUACUCACAAAUGCUGCAAGUUCAAUGGGGAGCCUGGAAUGUGGCAGAGAUAAACAGGGAGAAUACCAACUCAGGGUGGGGUGGAGGUCAGGUUAGUUAGAGGAACUACCAGGAGCAAGGAAUCUAAUCCUCAUUAAACAUCCAAGCACAAGGAGAUGGCAAGCAUUACCAUGCCAUCGCACUCGGAAAUGUCUGAGAAUGCACAUACCCUCCCACCAGAUUUAUAAGCAGUGGGAAAUGUGCUGAGCAGCGUCUUCAAAAGGGGAUGCAAGUUUUAUAAACCCCUCCUGAUGAAGACAACAAGGACGGUGUGUUUCAGUUCAUCCCCAUUAAUGUAGCGAUUUUCUUUCUGAAGCAGACAGCAGUGAUCAGCACAGAUGGAGAGAUCCCCUUUCCUUCCGCCAUAAUCUCAAGGAUCUUCCCGAUUAGCUGAAUUUAAACAAAUAAAUAAUUUCAUAAGAUUCUUCGCAGUAUGAAGAAAGUGAAUUAGAGACAAACUGUUUCUUCCUCAUAAUUACUGGCAUUUGGAACAACACAAUGAAGUUUAUUGUCAGCAGAUUUGGGGCAGACAGAAGAAAGCUGUUCUUUAUACAUUAAUUGCGUAACAAACCCCUGUAGUUCCCUUAUAUAAUAAACACACACGGACAGGGAUAUUUUAGGUUAAUGGGCUAAAAUUGGUCACAACUUUAUUGUGAUUACAGAUGUGAGUGGUUUGGUUUAGGCACUGGGUGAAACCAGAGUAUAUCCCGACUCCUGCCUGUCUGCAGGGAGUCACACUAAGGGUAAAUCACCAGCAGCGGGAGCUCUACAACAUACGUCAAAUGGGGGGGGGGCAGUGUCCUGGAUGGGUCAUGGCAUGGCCCUAGCCCACGACCAGCCUUUGGACAGGAUCCACAACCCCAGAUCCUUUUAACAAGAUACCCUUAUCGAGGAGGGGCUGGUGGAGGCAACAACCUCCCCUCCCAUCACAAAGGCUAAGCCAGUUACCUGUUAUGUCAGACACUGACAUAAACAGGAAAAUAAAGGGUUGGGGAGCAAAGGAGAGGCGCUCGGUGCUGGCUUUCAUUUCUAGCUUCAUAAACCAUGAAAUGUGGAUUUAUUGUCUGAGCUGAGCCUGCCCAACAGGACUUCAACCAGAGUUUGUUUAGUUUAAUCACUUAUAACCCAACUUUAAGAUAGUUUUUCCUAAGACAGCUUGUAACAAAACAAUAAUAAAAUGCACAGCCACACGUAAAGCGAUAACCGUUAAAAAUAACAUCAGUUAAAAUAUAGACAAGUAAGCAUAAUAUCACUCACACACAAAAAAGCCUAAGACCACACCUCUGCAUUCUCACAGUGAGCCAAGGCACGUGGCUAUUUUUUGCUGGGCAAGUUACCAUUUGGUGACCUUUCUCCUCCAAUUGCACUCGGAAAUAUUUUUCAGCAUAUGAUCGUGCCUGCUUUUUUCACAUGGGAGGCAUUUUUUGGAGGAAAUUUACCUCUGGAGAGUUCUGAGCGUGCUUGUUUAUUUAAAAUAUUUCAGUUUAUUUCAAAUAUCAGUAUAGUAUCAAAAGAUCUCUCAAGGCAGUAACAGUAAAAAAAAAAAAAAGUUUAAAAAAUAAAAGUCCACUGAAAAAGCAAAACUACAAAUUCCAGCUGAACAUUAACCACUUCCUAAUGCCUAGGUGAAAAGUGCAAGGUUCUAAGCUGGUGUCUAAAUGAAAAAAGGGUAGGCACAUGUUGCAUUUCAGAAGGGAGGGAGCUCAACGGUUGAGGUGCCAUCACAAAGAAGGCCCUGUCUUGCAUCGCUACAUCAUGUGACUGAUGCAGACUCCACUAAUCUCAGUAGAACAUUUAUAGACCUUCAAAGACAAUGUCAAGCCGCUCUGAAAUCAAUGUGGGUAUCCCUUUAGCUGUGCUUGAUGGAUUGUACUCACCUACUAUGCAGAGAGCUCUUAGGUGUGAUCUUAAUUUCCUGUCAAGCAUCCUUCUUUAACAACAUUUAAUUGUUUUUGUUACAGGAGGAAAAAGAAAAGGAAGAACAAGCAAAGAAAGAAAAAGAAGAACGAGAAAAGGCGGAAAAGGAAAAGAGAAGUUAAUAUUUAACUGUUUUUGUUUCAGGAGGAAAAAGAAAGGGAAGAACAAGCAAGGAAAGAAAAGGAGGAACAAGCAAGGAAAGAAAAGGAGGAACAAGAAAGGAAAGGAAAGGAGGAACAAGCAAAGAAAGAAAAGGAACGAAAGGCAGAAAGAGACAAAAAAGAAAAAGCCAAGCCUGAAACCAAACCUACAGAAAUAAACCCAACACAGCCUCCAGAGGCCAAAGAGCCACAGAUGCAAGUGGAACCAUCUGCCCAUAAGGAAGAACCAGCUCCCAGCAGCCAGCCAACACCACCGGCUCCUCCUAAACCAAGUUUGCUCAGAGGAACCACUAACCAGUCCCUUAUCAUUAGCAUGACUCCUUCCAGCACCCCAGGAGAAGGAGAUAUUCUUACUGUUGAAGUCAAAGUGAGGGAUAAAGUAUAA